AUGAUGGUAAAAAUGCACAAACUGACCUCAGAGCAGCUGGAGUUCAUCCAUGAUAUCAGGCGGCGGAGUAAGAACCGCAUCGCAGCGCAGCGUUGUCGCAAGAGGAAGCUUGACUGCAUCAUGAACCUGGAGUGCGAGAUCAGAAAACUGGUGAGUGUGUCAGUAGAUCUACAUGACAUGUCAUUCUCUCUCAUAGACUGUAAAUGCUAUCUCCUGUAUACCCCCCCUACCUUGUCACAACACAACUGAUUGGCUCAAACGCAUUAAGAAGGAAACAAAUUCCACAAAUUAACUUUUAACAAGGCACACCUGUUAAUUGAAAUGCAUUCCAGGUGACUACCUCAUGAAGCUGGUUGAGAGAAUGUCAAGAGUGUGCAAAGCUGUCAUCAAAGCAAAGGGUGGCUACUUUGAAGAAUCUCAAAUAUAAAAUAUAUUUUGAUUUAUUUAACACUUUCUGGGUUACUACAUGAUUCCAUAUGUGUUAUUUCAUCGUUUUGAUGUCUUCACUAUUAUUCUACAAUGUAGAAAAUAGUAAAAAUAAAGAAAAAUCCUUGAAUGAGUAGGUGUGUCCAAACUUUUGACUGGUAGUAUAUGUAUAUGACAUGUCAUUCUCUCUCAUAGAUAUCCUGUAAAUGCUACAGUACAUAGUGUAUAGACCUACUGGCAUUCCACAUACACAUAUAGAAAUGCACACGCUGUCAGACAACUGCCUCCUCCUUCACACGUAGGCUAUUCUCAAUUUCACACAUUGCUUUCUUAUUUUUGACCAGCUUUUGGAUCAUUUAUUUUUUUCCCCUGUGAUUGGUUCAGAUCACAGACAGGCAAUAAUAUUGUAAGCACAUAGAUAAAGAAUCACACUGCUUUCUAUAGACCAGGGGUGUCAAACAAAUUUUGCCCCGCGGGCCGUAUGUUUGACACACCUGCUAUAGACUGUAGAGUAGUAGAACAAUGUAGUGUCUAUAUAUAACAGUUCUCUCCCUGGACUUACUAAUGAUAACAUUUUGACAGCGCAACAAACAUUACCUUGGGAUAGAGCGAUAUUAAUUACAACAACAUUGUGUCAGCACUUUCACGCCAGCUAACUGCCCUCCAGCUGCCACGCUGUCAAAGGACAAUCAGCUGUGUGUAGGCUCUCCUACCUCCUUGCCCCCGCAUUUCCAUGGCAUGGCGGUCUCUCACAGGCAGCCGCCACGCUUUUUCCAUGAGGGGGGUGGAGCUGCGAGCCUCUGAUGUGUUGUGUGUGUCAACCGUACACACAUAAACACACACACACUAGUGCUUUACUCUCCACAGAGGACUGACAGCCUUCCCCUUGAUAUCACCCAGCAGCAUCUUAGAUAUGAGAACAUCAUCAUCAAACAUCUUUCCACCACCUCGUUCCUUUUUACCUCAGUGCACACAGCACCCUGGAAAUGCUUGCUCAUCACAAACCUAAUCAAAAGUAUGCUCACGAUUGAAACAAAUGGUUUAAUAUAUACGCUUAGGGAGCAAAUAAUAUAGGCCAUGUGAACACUUUUAUGUUGAUAUGAAGAAAUGAAUACCAUGCAUUAUGUAUCUACUGGAUAUUUCAUACUGCUGCUAGAGGCUGUGUUUACAGAACAUUAGCUGCAGCCUCAAAGGGCUUAGCAGUGUGUAUGUGUCUCUUUCCUCCUUGUCAGACCACAGCUCAUGACAUUAGUCCUCAUCACUAAUAUUUCCUUUUGUGUCCAUCAGGUGAACGAGAAGGACAAGCUGCUGGCAGAGAGGAACCAGCUGAAGGAGUGUAUGGGCGAGCUGUGGGAGAACUUCUCCUGUCUGUCCCAGGAGGUCUGCAGGGACAGGCAGCUGAGCCCGGAGCAGGUCCAGUCCCUGAACCACCACUGCCCUGUCCUGAAGCCCGGCACCAACACCACCACCACCACCACCACCACCACCACUGCCAGCAACGCUGCCUCCAACAGCAUUGACCUCAACACCCACUCCAGCUCAGCCACCCUGGAGCCCAGCUUCCUCAAGUCCUACGGGCCCUCAGAGAGUGAGCCUGAUUGGGCCAUGGGCAACGGGGCUGAUGGGGGGCCAGGUAGCAAUGAGGCGGGGGGCCAAGAGCCAAGUUUAUACAUGGAGGCGGGGCUCUCGUUCAAUGAACAGUCCAAUCAGACGGUGACGGUAGACUUCUGCCAGGAAAUGACUGAUAAAUGUACAACUGAUGAACAGCCAAGAAAGGACUGUACUUAG